AUGGCGGUGGUUCUGCUUUCUCUCUGGGUGCUUACGAGUUUCACCUGGGCCAACCCGCUGCAGGUGUCAGGCAACAGACACUCGGUCUACUGGAACAGCUCCAACAUACAUUUGCGGCGGGAGGGCUACACGAUGCAGGUGAACGUGAACGACUACCUGGACAUCUACUGCCCCCACUACAACGACAGCACGCGCAUGGUGGGCACCAGCGAGCAGUAUGUCCUCUACAUGGUCAGUUACCGUGGUUACCGCACAUGUGACCCGCAGCUGGGCUUUAAGAGGUGGGAGUGCAACCGGCCCCACGCCCCCCACGCGCCCAUCAAGUUCUCAGAGAAGUUUCAGCGGUACAGCGCCUUCUCCCUGGGCUACGAGUUCAACGUGGGGCAGGAGUACUACUACAUAUCCACGCCCACACAUCACCACGGCCGCAGCUGUCUGAGGCUACGAGUGUACGUCUGCUGUUCCACGGCAUCUGAUGCCCAUGAUGAGCCAGAGCCCACAGGAGCAGACUACACGCUCAGACCAGGUCUAAAGAUUGAUGAUAUCGACGAUUACAACACGUUUGUACCGAAGCUGGAGAAGAGCGUGAGCGGCAGCAGUCCGUCCCGUGACCGCCUCCUCCUCACGGUCACGAUGCUCCUGCUCGCCGCUCUCUUCGUCUCCUAG